UGUAUGGAAAUAUUGAAGUCUCACAUCUUGUUUCAAUCGAGUGAAAUUACCAAACGAACCACCUCUCACGUUAAGGGUCAAAUGUUUUGAGGAUGUGCUGGUAGUGCCUUCGAAAUGUCAAGUUUCUCCAGAUCUGCCCAGCAAUGGGCGACCUUCGCUCGAUCCUGGUUCCUGAUCGAUGCCAGGAUGCAGCCUCCUGGGAAGAUCGCAACCAUGUGUUCUGUGAGAUUACAGGGGAAACACAAGCCUAUCUACCACGCACUAAGUGAUUGUGGUGACCAUGUUGUAGUAAUAAACACCAGAAACAUAGCAUUCUCUGGAAACAAAUGGGAGCAGAAAGUCUACUCGUCACACACAGGGUAUCCAGGUGGAUUCAAACAGCUCACAGCUGCCCAGCUGCACCAAAAAGACCCCAAAGCUAUUGUAAAGUUAGCGGUUUACGGCAUGCUGCCCAGGAAUCUGCACCGACGCACCAUGAUGCAGCGAUUGCACAUCUUUCCUGAUGAC